CGUAUAUAGUUGACUGCUCGGCCCGUCCUCGUCUAUCCUCCGCUUGUUCUCAGUGUCCCGGCUCCUCUCACAGCCCCGGUUCCCGCCAUGUAUCGUUAUCUCGGGGAGCUCGUGUCCCGGGGAGGGGGAACCCUGGCCUGCGCUGUAGACUCCACUCUACCGGCCGCCACCACUCCCUUCCUCCGCCGCUACAGCCAGGCCGUGGACCCGGAGGAUGACCCCAACUUCUUCAAGAUGGUGGAGGGAUUCUUCGACCGGGGCGCCGGCAUCGUGGAGGACAAGCUGGUAGAGGACCUGAAGACCCGGGAGACGGAGGAGCAGAAGAGGAAGAGGGUGAAGGGGAUCCUCCGGAUCAUCAAGCCGUGCAACCAUGUCCUCAGUGUCAGCUUUCCCAUCAAGAGGGACAACGGAGACUGGGAGGUGGUGGAGGGAUACCGGGCCCAGCACAGCCAGCACCGCACACCCUGCAAGGGAGGUAUUCGUUACAGCACAGAUGUCAGUGUUGAUGAAGUAAAAGCCUUGGCAUCUUUAAUGACCUACAAAUGUGCCGUUGUAGAUGUGCCUUUUGGUGGUGCCAAAGCUGGAGUGAAGAUCAAUACUAAGAAUUAUUCAGAUGCAGAACUUGAAAAGAUAACCAGAAGGUUCACAAUAGAGCUAGCAAAGAAGGGAUUUAUUGGACCCGGUAUUGAUGUUCCUGCCCCAGAUAUGAGCACAGGAGAGAGAGAGAUGUCUUGGAUUGCAGACACGUAUGCCAACACAAUUGGACACACUGACAUAAAUGCACAUGCAUGCGUCACAGGGAAACCCAUCAGCCAAGGUGGCAUCCAUGGACGUGUUUCUGCAACUGGUCGAGGUGUAUUUCACGGCAUUGAGAACUUCAUCAAUGAAGCUUCAUACAUGAGCCAGCUGGGAAUGACUCCAGGGUUCGGUGAUAAAACAUUUGCUAUUCAGGGUUUCGGUAAUGUAGGUCUACAUUCUAUGCGUUACCUUCAUCGUUUUGGUGCAAAAUGUGUUGGAAUUGGUGAAAUAGAUGGGACAAUCUGGAAUCCUGAAGGCAUUGAUCCAAAAGAACUUGAAGAUUACAAGUUGCAACAUGGAACAAUAGUUGGAUUCCCAAAAGCCCAGGCUUAUGAUGGAAGCAUCUUGGAGGCUGACUGUGAUAUUCUAAUUCCAGCAGCCAGUGAGAAACAGCUAACAAAAUCUAAUGCACAUAAAAUCAAGGCAAAGAUUAUUGCUGAAGGAGCCAACGGUCCCACAACCCCAGAAGCUGACAAAAUCUUCCUUGAGAGAAAUAUAAUGGUCAUUCCAGACCUGUAUUUGAAUGCUGGUGGUGUAACAGUUUCUUAUUUUGAGUGGCUGAAGAAUCUCAAUCAUGUGAGCUAUGGUCGCUUAACCUUCAAAUAUGAGCGGGACUCAAACUAUCAUUUACUCAUGUCUGUCCAGGAGAGCUUGGAGAGGAAGUUUGGGAAACAUGGUGGAGCUAUUCCAGUGGUGCCAACAGCAGAGUUCCAGGCUAGGAUAUCUGGUGCUUCUGAAAAAGAUAUUGUCCACUCUGGCUUGGCAUAUACCAUGGAAAGAUCAGCAAGACAAAUUAUGCGCACUGCAAUGAAGUACAACCUGGGCUUGGACUUGAGAACUGCUGCCUAUGUGAAUGCCAUUGAGAAAGUGUUCAAGGUCUACAAUGAGGCUGGCCUGACCUUCACAUAAAUAUCAGAACAUAUGCUGGAUUGUAGUUUCCACCCUCUUUAUAUAAAAGAAAAUCUUAUAUAAGUUUACAUAUAACCACAAGACUUCAAUUGUGCUCUUCCUCAUGCCUCGCAGAGGACCCGCUUUUUGAAUGCUUCCGUCCAUAUCUUUUUCUAUUUUAACAUUACACCAUUGGUGUAUACAAUGUCCUAAAAGCAUAGGAACAUAAUGUGCGUAUCAUAUUUAGUGGCCUUGCAGAUACCUUGACACAUUGGCACGUGGAAGGUGUUAUGGUUGUGUGUGCUCUCGGCAUCCUUUUAUUUUUAAUUGUGUGCAAGGCAGCAAGUAGAGUGCAACUACCACAUACUUAACUUCCUGCUUGUUUAACAGCUUCCCCAAUUCAUGGGUCUGUCCAUGUAGUACAAAUAUUAUGUGGUCAAGUUUAAGAUGCCUCCCUCCAAAAAAAAAAUCCCCAAAGCCCUUUUCAGUGUAACAUUUUCUAUUCAGAGCAUCAUGAUACCAGAGGCAGAGAUCUUAAUGGCACAAUGUUUCUUUGCCAUGAGGAGUCUAUUUUUUGAGAACUUUUUUUCAGGGAAGACUUUCCAUAAAUGCACUUGUAGAGUGGGGUUGGCCCUGCUUUAAGUGUUUUUGGAGAGUCUGUUUAUUGGUUUGCACAUUGACCUGGCCACUUUUUUUUUUUUCUUACUAUCUCGUUUCAGAUUUAGUCUGAAUUGCUUCCUGUAAAUAAGUCAUUGUCACACAAACACAAUGUAAUGCUUAGUUUUUUUGUUUUAAUAACCUGGAGCUGUAUGCAAAGUUUAUGCUAUAGUGACUGCUGGUGCAUAUGGACCUGCAGUGUACUCAUUUGAGGAUUUUUUUUUUCUUUUAAACCACUCAAGGGCCUUGCAUUCAACAGAAGGGUUUCUACAAUGUUCUGCCACUGUAGUUCCAAAGAUGUUUGUCACCGAACUUCGAAUUUUGAUCAAAUACUGUAAAUUAAAGUCAUCCUUUACAAAAUGA